AUGCUCGCAAUGUUACGACUCACGUGGAUUCUGAUUUUCGUCGCCGUUAGCGGUAUCAAUGCUGAGGGAGCUCAAGAAAAUGAUGGCGAUGUUGAUAUCAGCAAGUAUCCGUAUCUCGCGUUGAUUAAAAGGGACGGUAGACCCGUCUGUUCCGGCGUGAUACUCGACAAGCAUCACAUCCUCACAUCAGAUCGAUGCGUGCCGCCGUUCGAACAUGUUUGGAACGUUAUGAACUCUAUAUACGUGACCUGCGGUACGAGCAGCCUCAAACCCAGCGGCAAAAGUAUCUUUGUAAAGGAAAUGUUCUCGCAAAAUCAUUUCAUUAAUCCGGUUGAGAAUCCCGUUACGAGCGGCCUUGGUGUGCUUAAGCUCAUAGAGCCACUCCAGUUCGGAGAAAACGUGCAGCCGAUUCAACUAUCCGAAACGGAAGUACCGCUCGACGCGAAACUACAAAUGGUUGGAUGGAUGGUGUCCGAUCGUCAAGGGAACAAGACGGCACAUCUCAAGAAAGUCACGUUAAAUACUAUAAAAUCUCAAGAAUGCCAGCCGUUCCACAAGAAGAACCUCAGUGAGUCUGAAUUCUGCACUCGGCCGGAACUCGAAGGCAAAUUUUGCAAGGGUUUUAGUGGCAGUCCUUUAAUUUACGAAGACAAACUCGUCGGUGUGGCUACUUACGGUAUUUCAUGCAAUAACAAUCCGGUUCCGGAUGUUCACGCCAGCAUAGACGAACAUAAUCGCGAAUAUCUGCGUGAGAUUCUAAAAGGGUAAAGGUUUUCCAUCGUUUUUACACCGUUAUUAAUUUUUAUUUUUAAUACGGAGUUUUGAAAAUGACUGA